AUGUACAACCCCUCCUGCGCAUACGCCUGCCGCUCCGUCAUCGCCGGCGCCAUGAUCGACUGCACCGCAACUGCAGACGACAUGUCCGGCCACAUUAUGACCCGCAUGAUGAAGCGGCACGGCGACAUGGAAGAGACCACUCCUGAGUGUCGCUCCACCUCAGUCCCAUUCCUCACCACCCUCGCCUACUGCAUUCACGAGAAGUGCUUCCCGGAGCCCAACCCCACCCGCGCCAAGCUCGAGACAUACUGGUACGCCCAGUCCACAGGGGACAAGGCGGUCGCGCCCAUGUGGGGGUAUCAGGAGGCGUAUGACAGGGUUAGCGGGACUCCGUCGGCGGCGUAUGAUGCUGAGGCGAUGGAGUUGAACGGGACGAUGUUGAUCAACAAGGACUCUUGGCAGGCGGAGAAGCAGAGCAUGGAGCAGUUUGAAUGGCAAGAGACGCUCAAUUCGAGAUACGCCUUGACCCUAUUCUUGGUCGGCGUGGGCAUUCCUAUCCUCCUCACCGCGCUGUCUUACCUCCCUUACGCCGCCUCCCUCUCACACUGGCUCAAAGUGAGAUACAUCUACCCCACCUUGGCCUCGCGCCACAUCCAGCCCAUGUACCGCGUCUUCCACAUCCCCACCCUCGGCCAAUCCAUCUUCCUCGCCUUCUUCGUCAUUAUGACGGUCGUCUUCACCGCUGUCGAGUACGGCUCGGUCUCGCCGAACACCUGGUUUACUUCCACCUACUUUGAGACCAUGUCAUACGUCGCCAAUCGGACUGGCGCCCUCUCGAUAGCGCUCAUGCCUCUUACCAUCCUUCUCGCUGGGCGCAACAACAUCCUCCUCUGGCUCAGCAACUGGUCACACUCCACCUACCUCCUCAUACACCGCUGGGUCGCCCGGCUUUGCCUACUCCAGCUCGUCCUCCACUCCAUCCUGGAACUCGUGGCCCGCGUCCAGAACGGCUCCUACCCUACCGAGCUCCCCAAGCUGUACUGGGUAUGGGGCUGCGUCGGGACAGUCGCCGCGGUCAUCAUGGUCGUCGCCGCACAGUUCCGUAAAUACUACUACGAGAUCUUCCUCAUCACCCACAUCCUCCUCGCGGUCUUCGUCAUCGCUGGAACGUGGUAUCAUAUCGAGUACCUCUACCAGCGGCAGUUCGCGUACGAGUACUGGAUUUACCUGUGCUGCGCCAUCUGGUUCUUUGACCGAGUCGUCCGGCUGGGCCGGGUGCUCAAGGUCGGGAUCAAGCAGGCGGUGUUGACGCCGAUAGGGGAUGAGGUGGUCAGGGUGGAUAUUCCGGGAGUUAGGUGGUCGAUCGUGCCGGGCCAGCACGCCUACCUCUACCUCCCGGCGACGAGGAAGUGGGCGCCAUGGGAGAAUCACCCCUUCUCCGUUAUCCCCACCGCCCUCCUCCGUCCGGCCACCAAGCACACCCUCUCCCCGUCCACUUCCGAUCCAGCCUUCUCCACCACCGCAGAGACCCCCGAUAUCGAAAAGUCCGAGAAGGAUACCACCAACCCUCUCCCUGUCCUAUCGUCCGGCCGCGGUAUGGCCCUCACACACUCCACAUCCGGCAUCACCCUCUUCACCAAGCGCCACAAGGGUCUCACCGCUUCCUUUACCCACUCCCGCCUGUCCGCCCUUCUUGACGGUCCUUACCGCAAUACCUCGUCUCAGCCCGUACUCGAUACCGACCGCCUCAUCCUCUUUGCCGGCGGUAUCGGAAUCACCGGUAUCCUACCGUUCGUCCACGCCCAUCCCAACAUCAAGAUCUACUGGUCGGUCCGGUCUGCCCAGGCGGCGCUGGUGGAGGAGCUCCAGCCAUGUAUCCCGGGACACGUGGAGAGGAGCAUCCUGAUGGGAGGGCGAAAUGAUUUGGACAUGGCGCUGGCAGAGGAGGUCAAGGCGGGCUGGGGGCUAGUCGGGGUGGUAGUGUGUGGACCUGGGGGGAUGUGCGAUCAGGUCAGGAACACGGUGGCGCUGUUGGGGAAGACGUACCCCAGCACCAAGUGGGAGCUGGAUGUUGAGGCCUUCCUGUAUUGA